UGUGGUUAGUCUUUUGCUGGGCUGUAAGCAGCAGCAUGGACCUUAGUUUUGUGAGGACUUUGGUGGGGGAGGAAUAGCUCACCUUUGUAGGGCUUGCUUUCUUCAAAGUUCAAACUAGCUGUUUGAGUGUCUGGUCUUGAAGAGUGGGUGCAGUAAGAGUGCAGUAGGUUCAUGGUGGCUAGUUAAUCUGUGUUGAAACUGUGUUCUAGAUGGAAUCUGAAGAAAAGAGGACUCUGCCCUGAGUGCUUCUCUUUCUCCUGAGGAGUGAGCUGUGUACCAAUCUGUAACAGCUUAAAAAAUGAACACUGCUCCAGCUUCAGAAAAUGGACCAUAUUCCACAAACCACACAAGACCCUUUUUUUAUGCGCAGCCAACAGCACAACAACCUUUCCCAAAUCCAUGGUACCUCAGUCAUGUAUAUAAUCCAUACUGCGUACCUGCCCCAGGUUUCAGAAGUGGAAAUCCAUAUUUUCCAUUUUAUUCUGUUGCACUACAUGAGUACCCUGGAUAUCUUGUUCCACAACAUCCCAUGCACACAAGAGUUAACAGAAGACCUUAUUUUAAUGUUCCCCCACCCUCUCCUCUGUUUUAUCAUGCAACAAGGUUUAGACAUUAUAGUGGCCCUGGGAAAAAAACAGUGACCAAAGAAACACAGACUGAUCCUAGACAGCCUGAAAACAAACCAAAAAAGCAUCAGGAUCUCCGUAUAGAAACGAAAGGCUGUGAAGCAGGAAAUAUGGCCUGUGUUUCUUCUGGUAAGGGUACAGAAACUGAAAGUACUUCAGUGAAACAAGAUUCAUCUGGAUCUUCUCUUGUGCCAGAAAGAGACCUUCAAAAUAUGGGGUCUUCCAGCUCUUCACAGUAUAGAAACAUUCCUUCAGGAAGCUAUGCUUUUGAGAAAGAAGAGGUCAGAAUAGAGUAUGGAAAUGGCUCGCCUGCAAUUCAGCUGUGGAAGUCCUUUAAGGAAACUAUUCCUCUGUAUGAUGUGGCAAGUGGUAAACCAGUCCCAGAGAAUAUUGUGCAACGUGACUUGUUUUCUGUUAGCUCUUGUGAAGGGGUAAUAUAUAGUCCUCAUGAAGGGGAGGAAUUGGUGUCAUGCACUUCUUAUUCAGAUGAACGAAAAACUGCUCUCUCUUUGAAGCAGAGUGGUGACGAUGGGCAGGAAAAAGAGGUCCAAAAUAAUGAAGUAAAACUAGACGCAGAAAAGCGGGGAAAUGCAAGCCAAAGGGUAAAAUCUCCUCUAGAUGAAGCCAGGGCAGUGCAAAUUGCUGAGCUGGCCAGAACUGUUUGUAAUGAUCAGCUAGUGGCAAGGCAGGACACACUUUUUAAAAAAUCUAGUUUGAAAAGAUCUGCUUCAAAAACUUCUGAAGAGGAGUCCAACCUUGUUCAGCAAGCAGGAUUAUUUCCAUCCAGUACAGAAAUAACACAUGACUCAAGUCCACAGCAGAAAAAGCUAAAUCAGAGCCACAGUUCAACCAAUGUAACGGAUAAAAGCUUAUGGUGUGAAGAAUCCAUGGAGAAGUAUGUUCCUUCUAACAGCUGGCUAGCUUGCGUGGAUGGCAUGGACACUAACUACAACUAUAAUAUUUGUUUGCCACAAAGGAAUCGUCAAAGUGUACUCAGUUUGUCUUCUGAUGAAAUGUCUUCUAAAGAUGAAGGAUCAUCAACUGAUGAUGAUGUACCAGUGUCUUAUUUUGUCCCUGACUAUGUGCUUCAGAAGAGCAUGUACGCUUUCCAAAAAAGUACAGAGGGCUCAGAGAAAGAGAAAAUUAAAAGUGGUGGCUCCCUUAAUGAAGAUGAAGUGGUAGGAAGGGAGCAGACCAAUAUUGUCAAUAGCCAGAACUUCAAAAGCUGUUCAGAAGUGAAGAUUAAAAAGAUGGCCAGCAGAGGUAGAAAGAUUGGGGUCCUCCCUAGAUCUUCUGGUCAUAAGAAAAUCUACUCCCUAAAGAAAAAAGCUGCUAAGAGUUUGUCUCUGUCAGAGGCUGAAGACUCUGAAGAAUAUUUUGUGGCAGAGGAAGAGGGUGACAGCGAGGAUGAAGAUGAUGAAGUUGAAUAUUUCUUUCAAGAAGCCGCUCCAUAUGGACCCUUGAUCCCUGAUAAAGGCAGUUUCUAUAGACAGAUUGGACAGAGGGUGCUUUGGAAACCACCUAAAAAUGCCAUACCAGCUCACUUGAUUAGCUGGCCUGCUCGGGAGAAAAUAAAAACUAAGAGUGGGUUCUGUGAAAGCACUGGUCUGGCUUAUAAAUCAGGUGAGAAGGAUCAGGAUGAGGUUGUGUACAGUGAUUACGGGUACUAUGGAAAAAAGAGGCUUACAGCAAAACAAGAGGGAUCUGAGCAUCCGAGAACUUCACAGAGGUCUUCAAGAGUAAGGUUACUAAAGGAAAACAGGGCGAUGACAGCUGAUGAGUACUGGAUUAGAAGUGGCGCUAAACCCAAAUUUGCCAGCCUGAUUCAUGGUAGCCUAUCACCCCCAACCAAAAGCAAACAACAAGGUACAGCUGAUUUCUUGUCACAUCUCAGAUCCUCUUCCCUUAAAUAUUCAAAUAAACUGUUUUCAGCAGAAUACUUUGCUAUUUGGGUGGGAUCUUUAACUAUUGCUUUGAAGGAAAUACAUGUUUGUUUGUGUUCUUGCCACUCUGAUGUGGCUCAGAUAAUCUAUAAAUCUGGCUGCUCUGAAGGAGGAGGAGUCUGCAUAUAUAGAGAGUUGGGGUGGUUGUGGUGGACAAAACUUUUUUUCAUUUUAAAGCUACAGCAGUAUAUCUUAAUGUGGCAAGAAAUGAUGCCUUGUAUCAAUGCAGACUUUACUAGGACAAUGUAUUGCUACAUAGUUAGAUACUCUCUAACCCUGUCCUAACUAGACGCAACUCUUCUGUGCACCCUCAGCAGCAGUUUAUUACUCUCUUGACAGGUGAACUUUACAGCUAAACCUCAUGUUAGCCUAUUCAGAUACUGCUUUUAGAGAAUGUUGGCUAUAGCUGUUGAUCCACGCUAAUUGUAUAGUGCGGCAGAAGAGUGUGUAGAGAAGAGAGAGAAU